AAAAUGACACCAAAAAUGUAAUUUUAGUGACUUUUUGGACGACAUACAUGUUGGUGCCUUUAUAAUGCAGGUUUUAGAAACUGGUGUUUGGAAGGGGGGGACAGGAAGUGGGUGGGGCUGAUGAACCCUUACCCUCCACCAAAAUACCACUUUGUCUAAAUUCUUCAAGUUUUAAAUGUUCAAUCCAUGUUUUCUGCUUUUAUAAUGCAGGUGUUAGGUGCAGGUGUUCAGGGAGUGGGGGGGCCUUAUAUGUCAGUCUCUUUUAAAUUGGAAUUCGACCAAAAUACCACCUUUUUUAAAUUCUUCAAGUUUUAAAGGUUCAAUCCACCCAGAUGUCACUAGUUUGCCAGCACAAGUCCUGCACCCGACGACAUUGUUACUGUGUUAAAAACAAAAAAAAAUAGUAGCUUGCUUCCAGAUCCGUCUGCGCACACACGACCGUAUUUACGGUACUUAACUGUGGCGUCGUUGUCAUGACAACUUUCACUCGUUCGUCUUCUUCUCCGUAUCUGAGGACCCUGUGGCAGGAAGUCCCGCUGAUAAAACUGUUCGUGUUGAAGAAAAAAAUAAAUAUAUAAUUGUACAAUUACGCUACAUGUCGCAGCAAAUGCAAAGCCUGUAAAUCUGUUUCAACUACGUGGACGAACGAUGGCGGGAGCCCCGCCGGAAGGUGAGUUUGGUGCCGCGGCUUCAGUGGAGAGUGAAGGACGCGGCCACGGUGGACAGCUGCUGCUGAAAGCUUCUGAUGAGGCCGUCACAUUCAUGUCCAGUGUCGAGCCUGCAGAGCUGCUGAAGUGUGUGUUUCCUGACUCUCUGGUGACUGUGUCUGAGAGUGGCAGAAGCCUGGGGAGGUUCAGUGUGACGGUAGAGUUUGCCUUUAGAUUCCAGCAGACCUGUGUGCUGCUGCACGCUCAGAGCCAAGGAGCCAUCGACAACUCCCCCUGUGGGACAACAGUGACAGCCUAUCUGACCACGAACCUGGAGUUGCUGGAGGAAGAUUACUAUGAGUAUGUCAAGCUUGAAGGCCACAGUUUGGAGAAGAGGUGUCACAUGGUGCAGUGUGACGGGCAGAUGGUGAUCGAUAAUGUUACUACUGUUGGAGAGGAGGUGACGAAGAAGAGUGUUUCCUAUCCCAUGUCUGUCCUCGAAGGCCUUGUCACAGAGGGCUCCCUCCUGGUGCUCAUGCGCCUCGUUGCCCUGAGGAGGAAGGUGCCAGAAAACAUGACCUUCAUCUCCUUCGACCAGGGAUUUGACAUGUUCCACUCCACCUUUAGUGAGCUGGGUGUGACACAGAUGGACGUGGGGGGUGAGACUGUCGAAGUGUAUGGGAUAGAGAGGGCAGUUCACUCUGUGGAGGACAGACCCACUGCCUGGCACUUCCACUUCCUAGAUGAUGGGCACUUGGCCAGCCGACAACAAGUGGCAUCACCAGUUACCAUGAGGCUACUGCAGAUGCCAUCACAGCAAGAAAAGGGUUUUGAGAAGAUCCCCCUGGAUUGGGAAGCAGACAUGCAGAUGCGUUCCAAGUUCCUGGACAGAAAGGAGGAGCUGAAGGCUGACAACGCCUCAUAUCUGAGAAAGCACCCAGAGGUCCGUGCCCUCAUAUCCGACUUCCUGCAGUUCUUGUUGCUAAGAAAACCAGAUGAUGUCUUCCGAUUUGCCCGGGAUUACUUCCUCCCGUUCGCCUCGCACUGUCCUCCAGAAUCAAACCUGAAAUCAUCAUCACUCUGAAGAAACACAAUGGGUUGUUGAUUCAUCACUUUAACUCACGUUGAAGUUUAGAAACUGCUCUAGUUUUUUUUAUUCUGAGUGAAAGAUGGCUAGUGGUAUAAAGAAAAACAUGAGACCUGACCUGAGCUGUGUGAUCUUGUCAUGAAACUUAAAGGUCCAGUGUGUAACAAGUGACAUCUAGUGGUAACACUGCAGGCUGAGAUCUUGUCACUCUCUUACCAAAACAUGCCAGGGAACUACAGAUGCCUCAGCAUACCAGAAUGGAUGCUAUUCUUCUUGUGUAGUAUUUUACCAUUUCCUGCCACUAAACCAGAGGUCUCGAACUCACGUUCUGUUGCCACACAAAUGCUUAUUUUGAAAUUCUGUGAAACCAGAAUUUGCACUAAACCCUUACUGAAUGUUACACACUGGAUAGUUUAGGUAAAUAUGAUGAAGGUGAAGGAUAGACCUGACCUGUAAAAUGUAAAUCUGAAUAAAGUGGUUUGUUUGAAA